AUGGAUAUAUAGCCAAUUCAUCGCCUCUCCUCACACACCAACACAGCAAUCAUUUCCCCUUCCUUCCAUGGCCGCUCCCUUCCUCCUACUCUUCUUCUUCUUCUUCUUCCUCCUCAUUUCAUCCCCCGCUUUGACUUCCCCAUCCCCAAACCCAUUCACCGAAAAAGCAGCCUUAAUCCGUUAUUGGAACCGCAAAAUCCCCAACAAUCUUCCUCACCCUUCGUUCCUACUCUCCAAACUCACCCCUCUUUCAGCCUCCGAUGCCACCACAUUCUUCAACCUCGCCGCCUCCGAUCCUUCACUUAUUUCCUCCCAUCUCACCUCCUUCUGCUCCGCCGCAGGUCUACUCUGCCCCACAGACCUCACCCCUUCCCUCUCCUCCCACCCCCGCGACUCCAGCUUCGGCGUCUACCAGAACAGCAACUUCACCAACUACGGCACUGGCUCCGCCGACGGCCUCUCCUCCUUUAAAAACUACUCUGAUAACCUCAACGUACCCCUAGACACCUUCCGCCGCUACGGCCGUGACUCCGCCGGGCACGAUGACAAGUUCUCCUUUUAUGCUCCCAAUGGCAAUGUCGUCACCGCAAAUUUCACCUCUUAUGGCACAAACACCGCCGGCGGAACCGAUGAUUUCUCUGCCUACGAUGAAUUCUCCAAUGUACCUGACCUUAAAUUUACUAAUUACGCCGCAGAAGGCACCGGCCGCGAAGGACGUUUUUCACAGUAUUCCGUUAGAACGAACGUCGGCAACCAGUCGUUCAAUAGCUACGGGAAGAACGGCAAUGGCGGAACAUCUGAUUUCAGUUCCUAUGCGAAUAACAGCAAUGUGAUCGGAAGUACGUUUACACAUUACGGCGAGGAAGGAAAUGCGGUAAACGAAACUUUCACUUCUUAUGGAGAGAACGGGAAUGUGCCGGAGAACAAUUUUAGGUCGUACGGCGAGGAAGGGAAUGGGGGAAACGAUACCUUCAGUUCCUAUGGAGAGAACGGGAAUGUGCCGGAGAACAAUUUUAGGUCGUACGGCGAGGAAGGGAAUGGGGGAAACGAUACCUUCAGUUCCUAUGGAGAGAACGGGAAUGUGCCGGAGAACAAUUUUAGGUCGUACGGCGAGGAAGGGAAUGGGGGAAACGAUACCUUCAGUUCCUAUGGAGAGAACGGGAAUGUGCCGGAGAACAAUUUUAGGUCGUACGGCGAGGAAGGGAAUGGGGGAAACGAUACCUUCAGUUCCUAUGGAGAGAACGGGAAUGUGCCGGAGAACAAUUUUAGGUCGUACGGCGAGGAAGGGAAUGGGGGAAACGAUACCUUCAGUUCCUAUGGAGAGAACGGGAAUGUGCCGGAGAACAAUUUUAGGUCGUACGGCGAGGAAGGGAAUGGGGGAAACGAUACCUUCAGUUCCUAUGGAGAGAACGGGAAUGUGCCGGAGAACAAUUUUAGGUCGUACGGCGAGGAAGGGAAUGGGGGAAACGAUACCUUCAGUUCCUAUGGAGAGAACGGGAAUGUGCCGGAGAACAAUUUUAGGUCGUACGGCGAGGAAGGGAAUGGGGGAAACGAUACCUUCAGUUCCUAUGGAGAGAACGGGAAUGUGCCGGAGAACAAUUUUAGGUCGUACGGCGAGGAAGGGAAUGGGGGAAACGAUACCUUCAGUUCCUAUGGAGAGAACGGGAAUGUGCCGGAGAACAAUUUUAGGUCGUACGGCGAGGAAGGGAAUGGGGGAAACGAUACCUUCAGUUCCUAUGGAGAGAACGGGAAUGUGCCGGAGAACAAUUUUAGGUCGUACGGCGAGGAAGGGAAUGGGGGAAACGAUACCUUCAGUUCGUAUGGAGAGAACGGGAAUGUGCCGGAGAACAAUUUCCGGUCGUACGGCGAUGGAGCCAACGUCGGAUUCGAUAAAUUCAACAGCUAUCGUGAUCAAUCAAACGUGGGAGACAAUUUCUUCAUCUCAUAUGAAAAGGGCGGCAACGCAGGAACAGCCGAUUUCACAAAUUACGGAAACUCUGCUAAUCCCGGCAGCGAUAACUUCAAGGGCUAUGGUGAGGGUUCCUUAAAUGAUCAAAUCACAUUCAAGGAAUACUUUGCCGACAACACCAGCUUCAAAUCCUAUGCCAAAACCGGCAUUGAUUUCAAAGAAUAUCACAAUUCCUCUUCCUCUUCGACUUCACCCGCGAUCGCAGCAAUGAAACAAGCCGCCGCGAAACGAUUCGUCGAGCCGGGGAAGUUCUUUCGUGAACGAAACUUGAAGAAGGGGACUGUGAUGCCGAUGCCGGAUAUUCGCGACCGGAUGCCGCCGCGAUCGUUUCUCCCGCGUUCGAUCGCCGGUAAGAUCCCGUUCUCCGCCGCCGCCGUCGACGGAAUCUUCCAAAACCUGCCAGUCGCCGGUAAGAUCCUGUUCUCCGCUGUCGCCGUUGACGGAAUCUUCCACAUCUUGCCAGACACCGCCAUGGGUAAAGCGGUGGAUUCAACUAUAGCAGAUUGCGAGCGCGCUCCGAGCCGCGGCGAGACGAAGCGCUGUGCAGCAUCGGCUGAGGACAUGAUCGACUUCGCCGUCGCCGUGCUCGGCGACGACAUCGAGGUGCGAUCCACGGCGAACACGAAGGGGUCGAAGGGGAACAUCCUUAUCGGAAUGGUGAGGGGGGUGAACGGCGGUAAAGUUACCAAGUCGGUGAGCUGCCACCAGAGCCUGUUCCCCUACAUGGUUUAUUAUUGCCACUCGGUGCCGCGCGUACGCGUUUAUGUGGCGGAGAUCCUGGCCGUUGAUACGAAGGAGAAGAUCAAUCAAGGGGUUGCCAUCUGUCACAUUGACACGUCAGACUGGAGUCCGACUCACGGGGCAUUCGUGGCGCUGGGGCCUGGACCGGGGAAGAUUGAGGUAUGCCAUUGGAUUUUUGAAGGGGAUAUGACGUGGACCGUUGCUGACCGUGCGUGAUUUUCAGCCGGGAACCGGUUGAUGAUGGAAUAAGGCAAGGGGGAGGACUACCGUUCCGAUUUAUGUUUCUAUAUAAAUUAUUAUUAAAGUAUAUGUAUGUUUCCUUGGGGGUUGUACGUAGUCUUCUGCCUUUAAAGUGUAUGCCAUUUAAUGUGUUAUUAUUUGUAGAGAUUAUUUUCCUUAUUUGUUUUGGGAAUAUUAUGUUUUAGAUAGCAUCCUUCUCAG